CUUGACUUCGCCCGCUCAAUGACUGCCGCGCCGCCCUGCAUACGUAUAGUACAUAAAUAACUCCAUAAAUACAGUGCACAGAGUGCCGCCUAGGUUUCCUGAUCUAAGUUCAUCAGACGAUAAACCCAAAAUGACGGAGGCAGAAACAGUAACAGAGGAGAAGCGCUCCUCGUCACGCAGUAAGCUAAGCGGGUACCUAAAAGAAGGUCUCGAAAAAGGCAAGGAGGGAGCGCUGAAGGGCAAGAUCGUGCUCGAACAGUCCCUCGGCCUUGGCCACAAGCCUAACGUGGUACCUCCCGGAGAGGCUAAUAUCAACGGGGAACUGCGCACCGUCCAGAUCGGAUGGCAUCCCGUUGGGGGUCUGGGAGGCAAGUGGUUUGCGGAGAAGACGGGGCUGGGUAAGAAGAUCACGGAGAAGAUCAAUAAGUAUCCUGAUCCGACGCAGCACUGGGCGGUGCUGGUGGGUGGAUUCUGUCAUGAGCUUUGGAUGGACGAGCAUUUGGAUGUCAUCUACAUCAAUGAGGUCGUCGUCAAAGAUGAGUGGCACACGUAUGAAGUCGGAACCACGAGAUUCAACGACGAGGCGCUCAGACAAGCCGGCGAGAUGGUCAUCCACAAUAUGAGAGCAACCAGACCAGCCUACAACAUCAUCAGCAACAACUGCCAAAAUUUCGCCGUCCUCCUACUCGACGCCAUCAAGAUCGGCGCGCACAAAGAGUUCGCCACCAGCUUCGCCGUGUACCAGGCCGCCACUGGCGCGGGUCAGAUCAAAGACCUAUUCGUCGAUCAGCAUCCCGAGGAGCAGCAGGACCAGCAGCGUCCGACGUUGCAUCAUCAGGAUACGACGCAGAAUGCGCAGCAGGUCAUGGAGGAUAAUACGACGAAGUUGGAUAAUCACCAGUCGUCGUUCUUCUCUAGUGUCAAGGAUAGAGGGACAUCCCUUAAGGAUAGAGGGCUGUCGAUGUUUUCCAAGGGGGACAGUCCGAAGGAUGCCUAGAGCGACUAGAUGGUGUAGGUGAACAUGGGAGUAUCCCGCUGGUGCGAGGCCUAAUGAGGAGUAAAGGUGGUGGUUGAGCAUUCUGAGGUUCUGCUCGGAUGCGAGAUAGGGGAGAUGGACAAGAGACGGCGUGCUUGGCAGCGAGAAGUUGCCAUAUGAUAAGAUACCCAUGUUCGAAAUGAAUAAAAUAUUGAAC